AUGAAAGAGACGGCGAUUUUAACGAUUUAUCUUACUGCUGGAAGUUCAGUGAUCUUAUAUUUUAUCUGGUGGAUGAUAUACAGUUGCUUUCAAAAAGAAAUCAAAGAAAAAGGCGAAGAGUUACGGACAAGUUUUAAAAGCUUCAACAGAAAAAAUUCUAGAGCAUCAGAGAGCCAUGGAAACCUCCCAAAAUGGAUAUGA